AUGGCUAACCAACAAGACCCACCAAGCCACGGCAUAAAUGACCUCACAAAACAAGCACAAGUUGUUGUGGUCAUGGUGCCCCUUCCAGCACAAGGCCAUCUUAACCAGCUCCUCCAACUCUCUAGGCUCAUCCUAUCCCACAACAUCCCGGUCCACUACGUUGGCGCCACCACCCACAAUCGUCAGGCCAAGCAGCGCGUACACGGUUGGGACCCAAACGCCGCUGCAAAUAUCCAUUUCCAUGAUAUCGAAAUCCCUCCUUUUCAUUGCCCCCCGCCCGAUCCAAAAGCCAAAAUCAAAUUCCCUUCUCACUUACAACCAGUCUUCAACGCCUCAUCUCAACUUACCGAGCCUGUUUCUAUGCUUUUACGUGCACUUUCUUGCAAAGCAAGAAAGGUUAUUGUAAUUCAUGACUCUUUAAUGGGGUCUGUGAUUGAAGAAGCUCGUUUCCUCUCGAAUGCCGAGUCUUACACUUUCCAUAGUGUGUCUGCUUUUGCUGUUUCCUUGUAUGAAUGGGAACAAGAAGGGAAGGUUAUAGAGGAAAAUGAGUUGUUUCCACGGGAUACUCCUUCUCUAGAAGGGUGUUUUACUGAUGAGUUUGCGGAUUUCGUUGAUUGUCAUUAUAGUAAGUACCAAAAGUUUAACACUGGCUGUGUUUACAACACUUGCAAAUUGGUAGAAUCUGCAUAUUUGGAUUUUCUUGAGAAAGAAACAAUUAAGGAAGGCAUUAAGCAUUGGGCACUAGGGCCUUUCAAUCCUGUGACAAUACCAGAAAGAUCAGAAAGCUCAAAAAAGCAGCAUUUUUGCUUGGAGUGGCUUGAUAAACAAGCAAAAAACACGGUAAUUUACGUGUCGUUUGGGACAACGACCACCUUCGAUGAUGAACAAAUCAAGGAGCUGGCAAUUGGGUUGAGAGAAAGCAAGAAAAAGUUCAUAUGGGUUCUAAGAGAUGGUGAUAAAGGAGAUGUUUUCAAUGGAGAAGAGAGAAGAGCUGAACUGCCAAAAGGGUAUGAGAAUUCAGUGGAUGGGAUAGGACUAGUGGUGAGAGACUGGGCACCCCAACUAGAGAUUUUAGCUCACCCGGCAACAGGAGGGUUUAUGAGUCAUUGUGGAUGGAAUUCUUGCAUGGAAAGCAUUAGCAUGGGAGUGCCAAUUGCAGCUUGGCCUAUGCACUCGGAUCAACCAAGAAACACAGUUCUAAUAACAGAAGUCCUCAAGAUUGGAAUUGUCGUUAAGGAUUGGGCUCGACGAGAUGAGAUUGUAACAUCUAAGAUUGUUGGAAGUGCUGUGAAUAGGCUAAUGGCAUCAACAGAAGGUGAUGAGAUGAGAAAGAGAGCAGCAGAAAUGGGGGAGUCCGUGCGAGGAUCCGUGGCUGAAGGUGGAGUUUCUCGUAUGGAGAUGGAAUCCUUCAUUGCUCAUAUCACUAGGUAA